AUGCCCAUUACCUUACCACCGGAGCUUCUUCUCGCCAUCUUCCAGGUCCUUGUCAUCGAGCAACCUCCCGAGACACGGUCAUCCCUCAGAACACGAUGCACGCAUGCACAAGGCGCAGAGGCCAGUAGGCCGUACGGAUACGCAUACAAUUACCCGUCAGGACCUCCAGCAGUGCAGCCGGACGCAGCAUACGGCUCUGUCAUAACGCCAGAGGCGGCGUCCGACCAAUCACCAUCCAGCACGACUAUAGCUCAUUGUGCAACAUGCCACCUUCGCCGUCUCGGAUGGGUCACUAUAACACACGUCUGUGGGUCGUGGCGAACUAUCGCGCUUUCAGCCCCGAGUCUAUGGACUUCUAUCGACUGUGAUGCGCUUAACGACAACUUUAUCGAGAUGUUCUUGAAGAAUAGCCAGCAGAACAUGCUGGACGUACUCUCUCCAAGGAUCGAGCUUUGGAUCAAUGGACAGGCUGGCAUGUCCAAAGCAUCCGUGAUUGAGCGGGCGCAUCCCCGUAUCAAAACUCUGGUUGUGGACCAUUCGGGACUCGUGGCCUUACGAAACGUCAUAGCCAGGCACCCAUUGAGUCGUCUCCGAAGCUUGACUGUUCAAGGGGUCAUGGACACCCAGGACUUUCCCGAGCCCCUCGAGAUCCUUAAGCCGUCGAAUUUGCGCGAACUGCGUAUUACCGGCUACGUGUACGGCGCCGCGGUUAUCCAUAACCCCUCCCUGCACAAUCUACGCCUCCUUUCCAUUGAUAUCUGCAACGGAUCCUGUUCUACGAUCCUCGAAGUGCUACGUCCUAUGAGCCAGUUAGAAGUUUUCCGCCUACGAAACUUCGGCACGACGGAGCUGAUGCACGGGGGUGAUAUUAUUGAGCUUCCUCGAUGCCGGGAGAUCAGUCUUCAAAAUGGUCAUGACACUGUCAUCGCGACUAUACUCAGUCUCCUUCGCCUUCCUGUGGAUGCCCGCUUCCACCUGUGGGCCGAAGUGGUCUGUGAAAACCUAUACUCCAUACAGUGCCUUGCCGCCCUUCGAUCACACUAUCAACGAGGUGGAUAUUGGCUGCACGGACGCUCCCUGAGCGCCCACUUCUCUCACUCUGGAGUGAAGAGUAAGAAUGGAAGCUUCGCGCUCGAAUGGACGAUCAGUACCCUCAGCCGUCCGGAGCCUAACGUGACGGUGUCAGAGUUUGCCGUCAGGUUGAGCUGCACCACAUUAGUGAGCGCGCAGGCGCGAGAUUGCUUGGCCACGGAACACGUCGAACUCUUCGGUCUCGCAUCGUUAUUGGGCGUUGGAGUCCACGAGCUUCGCAUGUCUCCUUCAGCAAAGGAUAACGUGAUCGACCCGCACGCGAUGCUACAGCGCCACUUCUAUAGCUGGACGUCCCUCGAGCGCAUUCGCGUGGCAGGAAUAGACCUCAUAUCCGCGGUAGUCGACGACCUUACGCCGCGACAUGAGCACGCCCUCCCAUUUCCCGCCUUGACCGAGAUCAGCCUGCUCGACUUUCCCAUGUGGAUGCUAGUGAACGACUGGAACGAACUCAAGAAGAGGCUGCUGCUUCUACUGCGCUCUCGAUCAAAUCUUGGGGCCCCUAUUCGGUUACUCAAGUUCUCAAACACGGACUUGCUGAAGGGGACGACAUUGUGGGCUGAGUUAUUAGCUUUGACUCAUGUCUGCAAAGAGACGCAGAGUGAUAACUGCUCUUCACCUCUCGACACACCGGAGAGGAAGGUGCACGGUAUCCCAAUGUCGAUAGCGCUGGGUGAAGGCGAGAAUUGGGAUUGA